AUUGUUUUCUUUAUACUAGGUGAUGCUGGAGCAAAUAUCAUUCAUGUCUCUAAAGAAGCCCGGAAGAGGUUUCUUGGCCCUUUGCACCCAUCGUUCAACCUGGUGAAAAUAAUCCGUGCCUGCUUAUACAAAACCUUACCAGGCAAUGGACAUGAAUUGGCCAAUGGACGUUUAGGUAUUUCAUUGACCCGGGUUUCGGAUGGAGAAAAUGUCAUAUUAUCCGAGUUCAACUCCAAAGAAGAGCUUGUCCAGGCAUGUGUUUGCAGUACUUUCAUCCCAAUAUACUGUGGCCUGAUCCCUCCAAGUCUUCAAGGAGUGAGAUAUGUUGAUGGAGGAAUUACUGACAACCUGCCUCAAUAUGAGCUGAAGAACACCAUCACCGUAUCCCCUUUCUCUGGGGAGAGUGAUAUUUGUCCACGGGACAGUUCCACAAACAUUCAUGAACUGAGAGUCACCAAUACCAGCAUUCAAUUUAAUCUGCGCAAUUUGUACCGCCUUUCAAAAGCCCUGUUUCCUCCAGAGGCUCAGGUUCUACAGGAGAUGUGCAAGCAAGGGUACAAGGACGCUCUUCACUUUUUGAAGAAGAAUGCUCUCCUCCAGAGCCAAAGACCCCCCCUCCCUCUGGUAGCCAUUAGCAGCAUUGCUGAGGAAAGGGACUCUGAGAAAGAAAAAGAUGAGGAUGAUCAGCUGGGAGAGAGUGCUGAACUGGCAGAGGCUGAAGAACACAUCCUUGAACACUUGCCUCCUAAAUUGAAUCAAGCACUCUUGGAAGCCUGUACUGAAAGGAGGGGAUUAUUCACUUGUGUUGCCAACCUUCUACCUGUGCGUCUGGCCUCUACUUUGAUGCUGCCAUAUACUCUUCCUCUAGAGUCUGCUCUCUCCUUUACAGUCAGGCUGCUUGAAUGGCUGCCAGAUGUUCCAGAGGACAUUAGGUGGAUGAAAGAACAGACACGGAAAGUCUGUCAUUAUCUCAUGAGAAAAGCCAAGAAGAAGCUAGGAAGCCAUCUCUCAGCCAGGCUGUACUACCAUCUUGAACUCCGAAAAACACAGAGUUUGCCUGUCCCUUUGAGCACUGCCUAUGGGGAAGCACUGCCAAAGUGGCUAAGGAGCAGCCUCUCACUGGCGGACGUUAUGACAAAAUGGGAAGAAUACCAGCGCCAGCUGAUGCUAGGGCUGUUCUGCAUCAACGUGGACCUGCAGGCCUCCAUCUUCCCAUCGGAAGGGCUGCAGAUGAGACAUCCACCAGCAAGCUGCACGCAAGAGAGCCUUCAGCUCUUUUAAUACAAUCAUCAGAAUUUGGUUGGGGGAAAGAGGGUGGGCAGUGACUGCAUUUCACCAGUUUCCUAAUGGAACUUUUUAACAAUCACAGAGGAGUUUCCCCCUGCCCCCCCUCCAUUUAGACAGGGUAUUGAUAACAAAAUAGGCAAUUGUGUCACCACUAAGCUGGUGACUGGCACAGUGUUAAUAGCCACUAAAAUGUGUUGGGUGUUGCAUACUCUGUGGGAGAUAGUGGUAUAUAAAUAACUUGGCAACUGCAACAGAAGUGGUUGAUGUUUGGGCUGAACUGAAAAGAAUUUCAUUCAGGGCACCUCUUGGAGGUGAAAUCUUGCACUGUCUGUAAUAAGAUUGAGACAUCAUCAGGACUCUACUUUUUCUUUGUUUUUAACCCUCUUUUGCUUUAAAUCAAUACGGUAACAUGUUUUUGUUCUUAAAGACUUGAGUCCUCUGGGAUCAUCCUUCUAUGUUAUGAUGCAGUAAAAGAAAAGCCAGCAAGAGCUACCAAAUCAGCUCUUAAACCAAAUGUAGUCCUAAAUUUUCAGCUCUUGGUAGAGAUACCUUAUAAUUCCUGUCCCAUGUUUUCUUGGAAAUCUGGGUGGAUGCCUCCAUAUCAUACACAAGGAAUGCAGAACUGUAAAACUAACCUUUAUACUACACUGGCCUACCACCUUCUAAGACCUUCUAUUCUGGAGAGAAGAGAAAAAAAUUAGAAGUUUUGAAAUGUG